CCGCCGCACGCACAAGCCGUACGCGUACCGUGACACGAACAGUUUUUCCCAAGAUUUCUACGCGAACGGUUGGUCUUUCUCCGUGGCGGCAGCUCCAGUUCCAGUAUCUCCCUCGUAGCGCAUUUAUUCAGCAACGCGGCAAGCCGUUUCCAUAGCAACCGCGCUGUGACUGGUGUAUUCGCAAGUAAAAAGGUGCUGUGAAGAAGAGCCGACCGUAGCAGGUGCGUGCAAAGGCGAAGCGACAGCGGAUUUGCAUGAUUUGUGUGGUACCGGGAAAGAAAAGGUCCUUCGAGAGUUGUGGUGGUUGUGGUAAAUGUUGGAAUCAAUAUUGUCAGUGACCAUUUUUUUAAAAGUGAAACGCCGUACGGGUGCGUAAGGUGUGAAGUUUUGUGGAAAGUGUUGGUGUUAAUAAGCAAAAGCAUUGGAAUAAGGGUGCCAGCUGUGUGGUUGUGUGGAAUAAAGGGCACUGCUGUUUUGUUGUAGGAGUGAAGAAGCAAAAAAAAAAGAUUACUGAGAAUUGUGAAAGGAUCUGUAAUUUGAAGAUUCCUCGUAUCGUGUGAUCUGAGCUGUUGAAUAUUAUACAUAGCGUGCUACAGUGAGCCUUCACGAAUAAAAAGGGAGCCACAACAUGCCUUCGUUAGGAAUAUCGUGCGUGCGCUAUCUGGUGUUUUUCUUCAAUUUCCUGUUUGCGAUCACCGGCCUGGUCGUGAUUGUUACGGGAGCCAUCAUUCAAUCGAAUUAUUACCAUUACUCCAACUUUGUCGGCGAUAAUUUCUGGACCGCCCCGAUCGUACUUAUCGUUAUCGGGUCCAUCAUCUUCGUGGUGGCAUGCUUCGGAUGUUGCGGUGCGGCCAAGGAAAGUCCUUGCAUGAUCAUCACGUUUUCGAUCUUUUUGGCGCUGGUGUUCCUGGCCGAAAUCGGUAUCGGCAUUGCCGGGUACUACAAGCACGAGGAGCUGAGUGGCAUACUGGAGAAGGGCUUCAACAAGACACUCGAUAGCUACGCCACCGACAAGGGCGCUCAGGAAGCGUGGAAUCUCGUGCAGUCGGAGAUGGUAUGUUGCGGCAUCAAGGGCCCGGAAGACUGGGAACCGAUCUACAAGAACGAUACGGUGCCGAGGGCCUGCUGCCACCGGAUGCCGGUCGGUGUAAACAAGUGCACCCGCGAGUACGCCUCGACGGAAGGUUGCUUCUCGAAGCUUUCCAGCUAUCUCGGCUCGAAGUCGCUCAUUCUCGCCGGCAUCGGAAUCGGAUUGGCCAUUGUGCAGCUGAUUGCUGUGCUGUUGGCCUGCUGCCUGUAUGGAUCGUUCCGCCGUCAGUACGAGACUGUCUAAAUUUGAUGAAGGAUUUUUGGAAUCGACCUACUACAAUACAUCACACACAAACCAAACUCUCCCACCUGCUGCACCUUUUACUUUCCGCAAAAGGAUAAACGAAAGCAUGGCGGCGGAAAAGUUAUCGCCAGCACAACAUCAACAUCCAAAUCAUCGUGCAAUGAUGGAAUCAUCUGUUUAUCUAUCGAUUGUGAGACCGAAAUCAAAAUAGAUGCAACAACAGCAACAACAACAAAACCCCUCCCCCGUACUGCUCUGCCGGUAAUAAGUCUGGCAGGGGCGGCACAGAUAAUGAUCAGAUCAAGUUUUAUCUUCAAAAUUCCUCAGAAAGUGAACCUGCGUGUUGCGUAGCCGGUAUAAGAUUAUUGUAGCAGUGGUAGCAGAACACAACGAGCGCGUGUACCGUCUUAAUACCUCUCCAAAACCUCUUAGGGCAGCUCCCACCUUUCCUCCCCCCCACAGCCAACAAAAUUUCGAAUGGGAACAAAUGGAAAUCAAUAAUUUUGCUCUAAUAGUAGUAUCGGCCACGUGCUGCUGUUGUCGUGUCGCCGUCGUUUUUACGACGACAAACAGAACAAUUAGCAACCCGUAUUGAGAGGAGGGGGGAUGCAAUUGCAGUAGAGGAGGAUUAGGAAUAUGGUCAAAAACAAAUUUAAAUUCCAAAACUAGCCCCCCCUUUGAACCGUGUUACGUGCCAUGCACGAAGAAGUAUCGUACAUUUGUCCAUAGCAGUAGCAGCAGCAGCAGUUCAUCUAAUGCUAAUCGAUGUAAUCAUGUAUGUAAGCAAAGGGAGCAGGAAGACAGAUAAUUAUAAAAUUGAAAUUGAUACAUUAUCGGCACAUCGUGAUCGUAUUCGAGACCAAUAGAGAGAGAGAGAGCGAGAGGAAAGUAAAGGGAGAAAAAGGUGUUAAUGGUACAGCGAAAUUCGCUUUUUACUUUUAGCUUUUGAUGGUCUAGAUGAAUCGCCACCCACAUUUUUCGCAUCUGUCCGUUCACAUCUCAAUCUGGCAUGAAUCUUAUAUUUGUGUCAAUAGGUUGCUUACAUUUGCCACGCCGCCGGAAGUAGUUGUGCCACCCGGCCGUUCUGUUUUGCAUUCCCGAUAGUAGUUGUGUGUGUUGAAAUGUGAAGGAAAGAAUUAAAUCCCGACAUUGAAUACGGUCUAGAGGUAGAGAAUUUCCAUGUCUACACGUUAAAGAUGCUGAAGAUUCCAACUGACGUAAAACCAACAUUCCAAAUUUCGCGAAACACAGCGAUGGAUUCCUUUUGUGGCUUCGUGCUGUAGCAUUUAACCUACAAAAUUUGAAUUAUCAAACAAAGCGGAACAGCAAUUAAAAGAAAGGGCUGGCAGAAAAAUAAUUGGUAGCAAGUUAAGGUGUAAACAUUAAAUUUAAACAUUACCUGCAUCGAAUUGCACAAAUCGAAUGCAAAGGAAGGGAAAGUGAUUUACACGCAAUAGAGUGUUCGAUUGUUGGUGCGAAUAAGAAUAUUACUUCUAGGCCCCACUUACUCUGCACGACACUCACACAAUCACACACACACACGUUUUUUGCAUAUUCAUUUGCACGAUUUUACACCACACACGAAGAAUCUCACACGUGUUUGCUCAUACACAGAUAGUGGAACGAAAAAAAAAACUCCGUAACAAAAAUUGUGUUUGUAAAACCUGGCUAAUACAAGCAAAAAAAUCCCAUGCCGCCCAUGGUAGGAGUAAGGGGGGGAGUAAUGCACGGUAGCUGGAUUUGCAUCACGUUGAGUAAAUAUUUUAUUUGUCCAAUGAAACAAAACCGCUAUGCUCAAAAGAAGUGAGACAUGAGAAAAACCUUGCAACUGAAUCGGGGCAUAUUGAGAGAGUUAAACACACGUAAUAAAUGAAACUAUUUACAACGCUCAACAAAAACAUAUACUCUGAACAUGAAUUAAACAGAAUGGUUUUGCGUUACUGGUCCGACUAGCCGGAUGUAUUGGGAAUUAAUUAUUUAUCAUUUAAUUUAAUAUGGAUUCCUUUUUUUUACACAGUACUACACAUCAGGAAGAUAUUUGACGCACUUACAGCAAGCAAAUAAAACAACCGAUUACAAAUUAAAAACGGGAAACUAUCCCCUACAUCAUACUUUCUGUGCUAAUGCAUAACCGAUCUAUUUCUUUCUUCAGUGUGUGUUGCGUCAAUGUAAUGCCAGUAGAGAGUACAGUACAGAGCAACUGUGUUGAUAUUUUUAUAAAUGUAUUUUACUGAUUAAAUGCUAGAAAUUACCUACAAUAAAACGGUAUAGAGCUGGCCCGUGCCCGGCGAGACGGA